AUGCCACAAAUUUGACGACUUGGACCUACAAAUGCAAAUAAUGAGUCCAUAAACAUGGGCUAGAACUGUCUUAAGAAGCUUUGGGCUGUGCUGGAAAAUUCAAUUUCCAUUGGGCUUAUAGGUUAUAACCACAAUCUCACAAUUGGAGUGAAGCCCAUCAUGGGGGUACUUGGUAAAUCUUUUUGGGUGAAUCUUAACCAUUUCCAACCCAAAGUCUUGACUUUUCCUUUCUUUUCGGUAGUUUCCUAUUUGAUUAGGGAUUUAAUAAACCCAAACACGUCCUGUUUUGUUUAGGAAUUUCUUUUGGGUAUUCUCCUAAAUAUCCUUCCUUCAGCCCACAGGAAUCACAACCCUGUCUAUAUAUAAUCUUUGCCACACCCAAAUUCUCAUUCACAUAUUUCCACUCUCCAAAGCAACCCAGCAUUUCCCAUAUUAAAUCCCUCAUUUUCCAUCUCUCCCAAUACCCACAAAUGAUUGCUCAGUUUUCCGACUCCGUUGUGUUCAGAUUCUUCAGCACACUCUUCGUCGAAGAAGAGAUUUCUCCGAUGAGGAAUUCCGGUUUCUCUAGCACUGUACCGGAAAGAGCUGAAUCUGAGAUUCGGAAAAGUUACGAAGAAGAUGAUGAUGAUGAUGAUGAUUCAGAAUUCUUUGAUGUUGGUGAUAUAGAGAUCUCAGAGCCAAAUUUCGUGUUUAAAUUUGAGUACCAGACUUGGGAAAUAUUAAAAACACCGGAAAAAGCGGAUGUAAUUGGUGAUUAUGUAGCUUUUCAGGCCCAAAAGAAUACUAGUAGUAGUUGCUUCAUUGAAGAAUCAGAAAAUGGGUCUGCUCAGAAAUCAAAUUGUGGUUCUAUCGAAGCAACUGAUGUUGAUGAAGGAAAAAGUGCUCAGGGUUUUACCGAGGGUUUUGACCAAUUGGUUAGAGAAGUACAAGUUCAUGAGGAAAAAGGUGCUGAUCAGGGUUUUGGAGAUGGUGCAUUUGAGGAAGAGGAGGUAGAGAAGAAAUCAGUGAUUGAAGAAGAUUCUGUUUCGGACGACGAAGAAGGAUCGGAGAGUCAGGAAGAAGUAGAUGUUAAUAAUGAAGAAAUGUCUCAUUCAGAUGAGGAAAGUGAUAGUACUGGUGAUGAGAAACUGGCUACUAGUCAUGAAGAUGAGUUGGUUUCGGAAGAGAACUUUGUUAGUUCGGAAUCUGAUUCUGAUUUGAUUUGCUCAAGUCUAGAUGAGGAUGAAGUAGGUGCUUUGGAAGACAUUGGAUUGCACGAGCCUGAUGGUUUUGAUGAAGAAGAUGAUGAUAUAAUGGAACAAGUUAGAGAACUAGAAGAGUUGUGUACGACUGAUGGUCAAAACUCGAAAGGGUCCGAACCUAAAGGAGAAGAAAAGCUAGUGGAUGAUUAUAAUGGUUCCGAGGAUUCAGACACAUUGGAUGUUUUGUGGGAACACCAAGAGUUGAUAGACCAGUUGAAAAUGGAGCUCAAGACAGUCAGAGCUACAACUGGUCUGCCUACAAUUUUUGAAGAAUCCGAGUCUCUGGAUAUGGAUGACUUGAAGCCACUCAAGAUUGAUGAAAAAUACCAACACGGAGAUAGAAUGAGGGUGCUUCACAAGUUCUACAAGAGUUACAGGACUCGAAUGCGCAAGUUGGAUAUUUUGAGUUACCAGAAGUCAUAUGCAAUAGGUGUCCUGCAGUCUAAGAAUCCACUUAGACCGUUUUCGAGCUACAAAUCCUCAACUCCAGCAAUCAAGUCCUUUCUUUCCAACUGGAGGCUAUGUAGACCCAAAAUAGAUUGUGAUCCAAUUGUUAAGUUCAUUAAGGAUGUGCAUAGUGACUUGGAAUUGGUCUAUGUAGGGCAGUUGUGCCUUUCAUGGGAGUUCCUUCAAUGGCAAUAUGAGAAGGCCUUGGAGCUAUUGGAAUCUGCCCCUAAUCAAAUACAUUCAUACAAUGAAGUUGCAGAAGAAUUGCAACAUUUUCAAGUGCUCCUGCAAAGAUUUAUAGAGGAUGAGCAUUUUCAAGGGGCAAGGGUCGAAAACUACGUUAAAAAUCGAUGUGCUAUGCAUAAACUUCUACAAGUUCCAGUAAUCAGAGAGGACAAAUCGGAGGAAGGAAAGAAAGAGGAUGCAAUUACCACUGACAGUCUUGUCGAGAUGUUGAGAGAAUCGAUAAGGACCAUUUGGCGAUUCAUUCGAGCUGAUAAAAAUGCCAACAUAACCACCGCUUGUCGAAAAAGAUCACUUGAUGGAGAUUGCUUGGAUCCAGAGCUUUUAGUGGAAGUUCAAGCAGAUCUUCGGAAGAAAGAGAGGAAGCUUAAAGAGCUAUUGAGGAGUGAGAACCGGAUCAUAAAGAGAUUCCAAAAGCAUGAAGAAGGAGGAGAAGAAGAGGAAGACAGCGGAGAUCAUGGUCACCAUAACUUCUUUUCUCAAGUGGACAUCAGAUUAGUUUCAAGGGUUUUGAACAUGUCAACUAUAACACAAGAGCAACUAGUGUGGUGUCAAAGUAAGUUGAGCGAGAUACACUUUGUGAAGCGCAAGAUUCAUGUAGAUCCCUCUUUCUUGUUGUUUCCAUGUUAAAAAGAGUAAACUUUCAAAGUGCGAAA